AUGGAAAACUUGGACAUUGGAGUAGGGUCUAGCUGUCAAAAUGUAGCUAAUGAAUUAAACUUGGACGACGAUGAUUUGAUAUAUACUCCUCAAGUUUCAGAUGAGUUGAGGCCAAAAAAAGGGCAAGAAUUUGACACAAUAGAUGAUGUUUUGACAUUCUAUAAUGCUUAUGCUAAAGCAGCUGGGUUUAGUGUAAGGUCUUGGACUACUCGGAAAGAGCCGGGAAGUUGUGAAAUAAGAAGGAAGGAGUAUGUUUGUUUUAAACAAGGAAAAUCUCUACAAAUCGCGGAUGUUGGAAAGAAAAGACGUCGAGGAAGCUUAGCUGAGGAUUGUACUGCCAAAAUUGCAGUUUUAAAAUCAAGUUUCGGAAAAUAUAUUGUUACUGUUUUUAAUGAGGAACACAGUCACCCGCUAUCAACACCAUCAAAGGUUCAUCUUUUGAGGUCCCAUCGUAACGUUUCAGCUGCAACAAAGUCUUUAACUAAACAGCUCUCUAUGGCGAAUAUACCUCAGCAUCAACAAUUUAGUUUUCUUGGAGUACAAUCAGGAGGUAUAGAAAAUAUAGGGUGCACUCAAAGAGAUUUGUAUAAUCAUGAAAGGGAUAUACGGGCUGAUUUGAAGGGGCAUGAUGGUGAAAUGUUUUAUGAAUAUUUAAAAUUAGAACAAGGAAAGAAUCCCGCAUUUACUUUUCAAAUUGAGGCCGAUGAGGAACAAAAGAUUACUCGUUGUUUUUGGUCCGAUGCAAGAUCAAGGCGGGCUUACAAUUUUUUCGGUGAUGUUGUAAUCUUUGAUACUACUUAUAACACUAAUCGCUAUGGCCUUAUAUUUGCACCAAUAAUGGGGGUUAACAAUCAUGGUCAAACAAUUGUUUUUGCUUGUGGAUUUUUGAAUCAUGAGAGCGUUGAUGAUUUUGUGUGGUUAUUUAAUCAAUUUUUGGAAAGUAUGCCUGGUGGUGCCCCGAAGAUGAUUAUUACCGAUCAAGACCCAGCGAUGACUAAGGCAUUCCCUCUUGUUCUUCCAAAUACUUUUCACAGGUAUUGUAGUUGGCAUAUAUUAAUGAAGUUUUCUGAGAAAAUUGAUGCAGUGAAGUAUAGUAUUUAUAAAAGUGAGUUCUCGGCUUGCAUUUGGAAAUCAGAGACUCCUGAAGAAUUUGAUUUACAAUGGGAAAGUCUGAUUAAGAAAAGUGGGUUAGAAGGAAACAGGUGGUUGCAAGACCAAUAUGAACUUCGGUCAAGAUGGAUUCCUGCAUAUGUUAAUCACAUUUUCUCAGCAGACAUGUCAAGUAGCCAACGAGCAGAAAGUGGACAUGCAUUCUUCAAGAAAUUUGUUUCGAAGAAUAAUUCAUUGGUGGAUUUUAUGAUACAGUUUGGCAGGGGACUAGUGCGCCAACGUCACGAGGAGUUGAUGGCCGAUCACAAAGACUUGAUUGAGAAACCUAAACUUAGAAUAAAUCAUGACUUUUUGGAGCAAAUGGUUGAUAUUUACACUAAUGAGAUGUAUUUCAAGUUUGAGGCUGAAGUGUGUGACAGCUUUAACUACAAGUUGCAGUUUGUUAGGGAAACCGACAAUCGUCGUGUGUAUCAAAUUCAAAGAAAGAAGCUCGCAACAAGCAAAGUCUGCGAAAUCGUUUAUGACAAGGACUUGGAUUUGGUUUCUUGUAGUUGUAAAAAGUCCGAAAGCGCUGGAAUUCCAUGUACGCACAUUAUAUCAUAUUUGAUGAAAAUUGAUGCUGAAAUAUUGCCCGAUAAAUACAUCUUAAAGAGGUGGACUAAGUCUGCAAAAUCGGGGACAGUGGUUGAUGAUAAAGGUAUGCAGAUAAACCCUGACAAUUCUUAUCUUUUAACACGGAGUCAAUUUAUCCAAUCAUCUUUGGAAUUAGUUGACAAGUCCCUUGUAUGUGAAGAAACGAGGAAGAUGUUUACCGAUGGAGUGCGUAUCAUUAAUGAGCAAAUCGACCAAUUCAUUAGUAGCCGCACGGUUGCAAAGAGCUUCACCGAGAAAAGUAAUCAAAUGAGUAGUAAUUUAAUGGAUGAUGGUACUAGUGUGCAGGAUUCUUGUACUUUUCAAAAUAGUUUCAAUGAACCCGAUCAAGUGCGAGCAAAAGGGUGCGGCAAAAGGUUGAAGGGGGGAAAAAGAGAAAGCAAUGGCUAGAGCAAAAAAUAAAAAAGAUAGACGUUGCCACGGGUGUGGUAAAGUAGGCUAAUCACAUGAUAAACGAAAUUGUCCGGCACUCACAAAUCCGUCUUCUACAUGCGGUGAUACAAAUU